AUGGGGGUAGGCACGGAGCCAGAGCGAUGGACCGCAGCGCUCGACGGGCUGCGUGAGCCUGUGUCGCAUCUGCGCUCGGAGGCUUUGGAUGCCCUCGGCUCUCUGCUCGCCUCAGCUGGAUGGGUGGUCGAGCCUGCUGCGGCGGAGCCACUGCUUGGUGCACUGGGCGAGAGGCUGCAGGACUCCAACUGGAGCGUGUGCCAGAAGGCCCUUUCCCUGGUUGCCGACCCCAAAGUCGCAGUUCGUAAGGCUGCCUCUCAGGCCUUAUCUGCCUACCUGGCAUCAGCCGCGGACUUGCCGCGGGUGUUGCGCCGUGUGACGGUGGGAGGCAUCGAGUCGGCAGAUUGGCGAUUGCGACAGGCAGCUUUGCUGUAUCUCUCCCUGCCAAAUGCCACGCUCUGCCGUGUUGCGUCGGAACCGGGGCUGCAGGCGCCGAUCGCGGACCUUGCUGCUGCGGUCGUGUCCGCGCUCUCUGAUGAAAAUGAUGCCGUCUCGUCGUCCGCCAGCCAAUGCUUGCCGCGUCUCUGCGAGGCGGCGGGCGAGUCAUGGCCUGCGGUUCUCUCCGCGCUUCCAACGAGCGCGCGCAAGGCCUACAGCGCAUGGGCCGCCGCCGGCGGGAGUGGCGGCGCUUGGCCAGCUGAUGAGGACCAGCCCGCCGGCUCCCCCGGGCAGGCCCCGGCCAUAGAGCAGACGGCGGACUCAGACGACUCGGACAACGAGGCUGGCCCAAGCGUCUCGUUUGGCUUCAUCCCGGCACCGCUGAUGGCGGGGCUCGAGCAGAGCGGCAGCUGGCAGUCCCGCGCCGCGGCCAUAGGCCAGUUGCAGGAGCUGCUCGAUGGGCUUGGCGAGAAGGAGGGAGGCGACGGCCGGAGAGCGGCAGCCUCGCAUGCGCCUGCAUUGGUCUCCUUCCUGCUCAGAGUGCUCGACGAGGAGCAGAACUUCAAAAUCGUGCUGACUACCCUGCAGAUCCUGUCCGAUGUGCUUGAGGCCUUUGGCGAGGCCGUGCGAGCUUGGCCCGAGGCCGCGACGGUGCUUGUGCCCGCGUUGAUGGACCAGUUUGCCGAUAACAAGAUCGUCAUCCGCCGCGCCAACCUGUCUGUCGUGCGGAAGCUCAUAUCGCUCCUCACCCCCGCGCGCGUGUUGCGGCCGCUGCUGCCCUUUGUGCGCCACCCCAACUCGCACAUUCGCGAGCAGGCCAUCGCAGUCCUCCUCGAGGCGCUCGGAGAGGACGAAGCGCAACCGUUUGAGCUCCACCGAUCCGCACUCUCGGCUGUUGCGCCGGCGCUCGAGGACCCGAAGCCCAAGGUGCAGCGCGCCGCCUCGUCGGCGGUCGGCGUGCUCGGCGAUCGCAUCAAGGAGUCAAAUGAGGGUGGGGACGAAGUCUUUGAGUCGCUGCUCGAAGAGCUCGCGCUGCCUCCUGCGCUCGAGGCGCGCGUGCACGAGCGGCUGCGGGAGGGAGGAGCGGCUGUGGGCUUUGCCGACAACCUUGCCGAAGUCACCACGCCUGGUGGGACACCUCCGAUGGUGCGCUCCGGAUCGGCCGGGUGGAGGGCGGCCGCGGGGCCCGAGAUGGACGACAGUCCUUUUGCCGAUCUGAUGGAGACCACCGCCGGCAGCCGGCGGAUCGCGACUUGUGGUCGUGGCCGCUUGCCGUGGGAGGCGACAUCCGAUGGUCACAAAUUACCUCGCGCAAACUCCCUCGGGCUCAGUGUCCUCGCUGAGGGGAUGGACGAGGGCAGGCCCGGCCAGCGUGCCAGCACUUCGCACGCCGAGGAGCGGCCCGGCGGAGGCUUCGGUAGCCGACGAGGCGGAGGGAUGCGCAUCGAGCUACCCUCCGAUGCGGCAAGCGACAGCCUGACAGGUCUUGGUCCCCUGUCGGCGCCGAGUGCCUUCAACGACGCGCGCGCGUCGCCAACGCCGAUAUCGCCCGCCGAGUCGGAGUCGUGGGGUCCUCCCUCUCCCAUGCACUCUCCCACUAAGGCAGACGCGCUGCUCGUUGCAAUGGAGCGAGACAUGGCGUCGCGCCGAUCUGGCGGCAGCACAUCGCCCGUGCCCUCCGGCGAUUCGCCCGUGGGGUCUCCGGCCUCGUCCUCGCCGCUGGGCGCGCGCAGUGGCCGCGACAAGGUUGGCAUGUGGCUGCCUGCCGCCCGCGUCGCUGGUAAGGCGCCCGGAGCUACGCGGCCGCCGCGGCCAGGAGGCGACGCGGUGCAGCGGUCGCAUUCGGCGCCACAAAAGCGCACGACCAAGGAGCUAGCAAUCUCUGGCGUCAAUGACGCGGUGGCACUGAGGCCGCCGCCGUGCCGGACCGUGGUGCUGCAGCUCCAGGAGACGGCGAGGUGCUGCCCCCCAGAGGGCGGCGCAGCGGUGGAGGUGGCGACAGUCAGCCUGCGCUGGACGUCGUGGGAUUCCAGUCGCGGCCAGCACGCCGGGGAGCGGGGCUCACGACGUGGCGGUUGGGGCUCGGCGGCUCCCGCCGCAGUGAGCACAAUCCCGUUGACGGCGGACGGGCUAGUGGGUGGCGGGAUCAGUGAGCUUCGAACGGAGGACUUGCGUGCGCUGCCGCCGCCGCCAGCCGCGGAGGCGGCGGUCGCGCGCACUCUCGAGCUGCUGAAAGACGGGGAUCGCGAGGGGGACUGGGCAGCUCAGUACGAGGCGAUCAACAUGUUUCGCCGACUAGUCGCUGCGCAGGACGUCGGCUCGCCCGACCCAUCGCUGCUGUCUCAGCUGCACGCCCUCAACCGCCUUCUCAUCCAGUUUUGCGACUCGCUCCGCUCUGCACUGGCCAAGAACGCGGCGAGCGCCUUCCGCGAGAUGUUUGGUUCGCUCGGCCGGCACAUGGAAGCCGACCUUGACCUGAUUGUGCCGAUGCUCAUCAAGAAGAGCGCCGAGACAAGUGGCUUCAUUGCCGACGAGGCGAACAAGGCGCUCGCUGCGAUGGCCGCCUCCGUCUCGGAGGGGCGCGUAAUCUCGGCGCUCUCCGGUUGUGCCACACACCGCAACCCGACCGCGCGAGCGCGAGCCGCGCUGCACCUCUCCCGCGCCCUCGAGGGCAUGGGAUGGGGCCGCGUCCUGCACAUGCGCGAGCUCGAUCGAAUCGUCCAGGUGUACGCGGCGCUCAACUCGGAAGGCCUGUCCGAGACGCGAUCUGCCACCAAGCAUGGGCUCGUCAGCAUCCUGCGAGAGGCGCGGCGAGCGGGCGGCGAGACGCGUGAGCGUCUCGAGCGGCUCCUUGCGAGGUGGUUGUCCGGGCCGGCCCUGAGGAAGAUUAUGGACGCCGCCGAGACCUCACCCCCUGCGGGGGCCUUGGGUGCGGCACUCGACGGCAUCGGCCCUCCCGACGCAGCGAGGCGCUCCCAACUGCGAGCCUCUCGCGCCUCACGCAGCUCAUCCGACCGCCGUUCAUCCCACGGCUUAUCCGAUGCACCGGCCGAGGCCGUGGACGAGCGCGCCGGUGCGUUGCUGGCCGCGCUGGCCUCGUCCAACUGGGCGUCACGGCGCGAUGGCCUCACGGCACUCGCGGCCCUCUCGCGCGCCUCUCCGGAGGCGCUCGUCCGCUCGCCAAAGCUGCUGCCGCUGCUCGACGGGCUCACGCCACAGCUGACGUAUGCCAACCCAAAGGUCAACUUGGUCGCGAUCGGCGCCCUCGAGGAGUUGCUCCCCCUGCUCGGCGACGCGCUGGUGCCGACGGCGCCGGCGCUCGUGCAGGCGCUCGGCUCGUGCCUCGCGUCCUCGAACGCACAGGUGCGUUGCGCCGCUUCGCCGUGCCUCGACGCGCUGUUUGCCACUGUCGAGCCCGGGGCGCUGCUCGGGCCUGUGGCGGCCGCCGCGCUGUACGGGUCCAACCCGAGGGCGCGCGGUGCGAUGCUCGAGCGGCUCGGCGAGCUCUCGGUCUCACUCCACCCAACCAGGCCGGGAUUGGUCGUAAAGCACGCGGUGGGCGCCGGUCUCAAGUUGCUGGAGGAGGCGCGUCCGGAGCUGCGCAACGCCACCAUCUCGCUGCUACGCACUCUGCACAGCCUCCUCGGCAUCUCCCUCUUCGAUGCGGCUCAGCGGCUCCCGCACGAGACGCAGCAGAGGCUACAUUGCGCGGUGCAGCAGCACUAG